GUUUCGUUGAGAUUCAGAAUUUCAAAAUUCUUUGGGUUCUCGUCUCCGCUUAAAAUCCUUCUUCCUCGUUACCGAACCACACAGUCUCUUCUUCUUCUUCUUCUUCUCUCUAUCCGCUCGCUCAUCUAGGUUUUGAAGCAAACGUGAUUACAAUGUUUAGUUUGAAGAAGCCUCUGGAAAGACUCUCCAAGCACAAGCCUUCUUCUGCUUCUGCCUCAAAGUCUAAUCCUUUCGAUUCAGAUGAUGAGUUUGAUGAUAACAAACACACCUUAAAGCCAUCCAACAAGAUCUCCCCUCAACCUUGUGUACCUACUAAGAAGAAUCACAGCUUCAACCCUUUCGAUGAUGAUGAGGAUAAUGAGGUUGAGAAGAGAUUGAAACCUUCUUUCAAGAAUCAUCUCCGUGACUCAGGAGGUGUGGAGAACCAGAGUGUUCAAGAGCUUGAGAGCUAUGCUGUGUUCAAGUCUGAGGAGACUACUAAAACAGUGCAAGGGUGUUUGAAAGUAGCGGAAGGGAUAAGGUGUGAUGCUACAAGGACUUUGGUUAUGUUGAAUGAGCAAGGAGAGAAGAUCACUAGGACGCAUCAGAAGGCUGUUGACAUCGAUCAUGAUCUCACUCGGGGUGAGAAACUUCUUGGUAGCCUCGGAGGCAUUUUUUCAAGGAGUUGGAAGCCAAAGAAAACUCGGUCCAUAACUGGUCCUGUCAUAACUAGAGGUGAAUCCCCUAAGAGAAGUGUUAACAACUUGGAGACUAGAGAAAAGCUGGGACUGAACCAUCUACCUAAACCGCAUUCAAGAACCCUUCAACCUCUCCCUGAAUCCGCUGAUGCUUAUCAGAGAAUAGAGAUGGAGAAAGCAAAGCAGGACGAUGGACUUGAAGACUUGAGUGAUCUACUCGGUGAACUGAAGAACAUGGCUGUUGAUAUGGGAACUGAAAUCGAAAGACAAAACAGUGGCCUUGAUCACCUACAAGACGAUGUAGACGAGCUUAACUUCAGAGUGAAACAAUCUAACCAAAGAGCUCGCCGUCUACUCCGCAAGUAAAACCAGCCAACAGGAACCUUGUCAGCUUCUCUAUUCUCUUAAUGAAUGUGUUGAUUUUAGUCAUGAAUCUAAUUCUGAUCUUAAUAAAGUUUGAGACAUUUGAUUCCAAAAAACUUCAUGAAGUUUAUUUAGAUAUGAACUUAGUGAAUUUCAGUUGUUGAAUUGUCUAAAGAAUCAAAAAGUUGCUUUGCUG